UUAAAUCUCAAUUACUGGGAAAUUCAGUAUAGAUGGUGCUCAAAGCAUACAUUAAUCUAUUUGACUUCAUCAGAGGAGUCAAUUCAAGUUCCCCUCAAUCUUCUAGAGCUCUACCGGGAGCUAUGAAUGAUCCAGGGAUUAUGUCUAAUGAUGAUCAUGAUCCAUAUGAUUCCUCAUCAGAAGACAAGCAAAGGAUAAUCAUAGUAGCAAAUUUUCUUCCCCUAAAUGCCCAGCAGGAUAAUUCUGGCCGGUGGUGCUUUGGUUUCGAUGAAGAUUCUAUUUUAUUGCAACUAAAGGAUAGUAUCUCUCAUGAUACUGAUGUUUUUUAUGUUGGAUCUCUAACUAUUGAUGUUGAAGAAAGCAAACAAGAGCAGGUUUCUCUUGAGUUGCUGGAGGAAUUCAAGUGCUUGCCUAUAUUUAUUCCUUCAGAUAUCCGCAAAAUGUAUUAUAAUGGAUUCUGCAAGCAGUAUUUAUGGCCUCUAUUCCAUUACAUGAUGCCUAUGAAUCCGGCUUACGGCAGUCACUUUGAUGCGUUACUUUGGAGGGCUUAUGUUGCUGUUAAUGUAAAAUUCACAGAUAAGGUCAUAGAAGUUAUUAAUAAUCCAGGAAAAGAUUAUGUCUGGAUUCAUGAUUAUCAUCUUAUGGCCCUGCCAAUGCUUCUGCGCAGGCGGUACUAUCGUUUCAAACUAGGAUUUUUCCUCCACAGUCCUUUUCCUCCUUUGGAAAUUUAUAUGACUCAGCCUAUUGGAGUGCAUAUUUUGAAAGCUCUGCUUAAUUCAGAUUUAAUAGGCUUUCAAACAUACGAAUAUGCUCGCCACUUUUUGUCUUGCUGCAGUCAGAUGCUCGGCUUGGAAUAUGAAUACAAAAGGGGUUACAUUGAGAUUGAAUACUCUGGCCGAAAGGUGAACAUUAAAGUUUUGCCUGCAGGGAUUCAUAUGGGCCGACUUCAUUCUUCCUUGAAUCACCCAUCUUCGUCCACCAAAGUCAGAGAAAUCCGUGAGCAAUUUAAGGGGAAAACACUCAUUCUUGGUGUUGAUGAUAUGGACAUAUUCAAAGGCAUUGGUCUAAAGCUCUUGGCCAUAGAACAACUCCUACAGAAGAGGCCAUCUUUGCAAGGUGAAUUAGUUGUUGUCCAAAUUGUGAACCCCCCAAGGAGAACUGGCAGAGAUAUUGAGGAAGCAAAGAAAGAGACAUACCUUGUUGCUGAAAGGAUAAAUGAAAGGUUUGGUUUUGCAGGUUACAAACCUGUCAUUAUCAUUGACCAUCCUACUCCUUUUUAUGAGAAGGCCGCUUAUUAUGCUUUGGCAGAAUGUUGCUUUGUGAAUGCAGUAAGGGAUGGUAUGAAUUUGGUUCCUUACAUGUAUAUUGCCUAUAGGCAGGGGACCCCAGAGAUGGAUGAAGUAUUAGAAAUCGAUUCUGAGUCGCUUCAUACAAGUGCACUUGUCAUUUCUGAGUUCAUAGGCUGCUCACCAUCUCUUAGUGGGGCUUUUAGGGUGAACCCUUGGGACAUAGAUGCUGUGUCUGAAGCACUAAGUUCAGCCAUCGACAUGCCCAUUACACAAAAACACUUGAGGCAUGAGAUACACUUCAGGCAUGUUAGCUCUCAUGAUGUGGCUUACUGGGCUAGAAAUUUUAUGCAAGAUCUUGAGCGUUCAUGCAUGCAUCACCAUGCUAACCAUUGCUUGGGCCUUGGAUUAAGUUUUGGUUUCAGAGUCACGUCCUUUCCUCUGAAUUUCAGGAAGCUAUCCAUCGAGCAUGUUGUCUCUGCAUAUGAAGAGACUAAGGGUAGGGCAAUAUUUUUGGACUAUGAUGGUACAAUUGUUCCCCAAACUUCCAUUGUGCAAAGCCCUAGUCCUGAACUCAUAUCUGUUAUCAAUGACCUCUGCAAUGACCCGCUGAACACCGUGUUUAUAGUAAGUGGCAGGGGUAAGACCCAACUAAGUGAUUGGUUCGAUUCAUGUGAGAAUCUUGGUAUAGCAGCUGAGCAUGGUUAUUUUAUAAGAUGGGAUAAAAAUUCAAGCUGGGAAACCAGUGAUUUAGUCGCUGAUUUUUCUUGGAAAAGCGUUGUUGAACCUGAAAUGAGAUCAUAUUCUGAAUUAACCGGCAGCUCCUAUAUGGAGAGCAAGGAGAGCGGCUUGGUAUGGCAUUAUCAUGAAGAUGAUUCUUUUGGCUCUGAUUAUGGAAAUUUUGAAGCCAAGGAGCUGUUGGAUCACCUUGAAGGUGUUCUUGCAAAUGAGCCAGCAGUUGUUCAAAAGGGACGUGAUAUUGUUGAAGUCAAGCCACAGGGAAUUACUAAAGGCUUAGUCAUAGAAAAAGUUCUUUCUAAUCUAAAGAUGAAUGGGAUGUCAGUGGAUUUCGUGCUGUGCAUUGGAGACGAUGGAUCAGAUGAGGAUAUGUUUGCAAGCUUAUCAAGCCAAGCUCAUCAUGGAGUGCUAUCUCCAGAAGCAGACAUCUUUACAUGCACAGUUGAAGUAAAAUCAAGCAAAGCCAUGUACUUCUUAAAUGAUCCUACUGAAGUGAUGAGGCUGCUACAAGCCCUUGCUGCUUCUGGGUCUGAAUCAAAGAAGCUGAUGAGAGAAAAUAUCCCUUCUAGAAGAAGCGAAGUUCGAUUGGAAGGAGAUGCUUGAAAUGCAGGGUUGUUUUGAAGCACCAUAAUAGGGUCGAAAAUGGUAAUGGUCUUGAAUGUUUGCUAGUUAUUUUGCUUCGCUUUGGUUGCUUUGUCGCGGCUUUGGAAAAGGUUAGAGAGUAAUCGGCUAUGGAUUAUCUG